CUUUUUUCUCUUUUUUUUUUUUUCUUGUUUUAUAUACCUCUUGUAAAUUACACUCUAUUUUAUUGAAAGAACGAUAGAAUCAAAAUGGCUGGAGCUCUCGAAAACGCACAAAAGGAAUUGCCUAGAAUCAGAGACCAUGAACGGGAGUCUGAAUUUGGUUCCAUCUUCUCUGUCUCUGGUCCAGUUGUGGUUGCUGAAAACAUGCGUGGUUCUGCCAUGCACGAAUUGGUUCGUGUUGGUCAUAGUGAACUUGUUGGUGAAGUCAUUCGUAUUGAUGGUGAUAAAACUACUAUCCAAGUUUAUGAAGAAACUGGCGGUUUGACUGUGGGUGAUCCUGUCUUACGAUCUGGUACACCUUUAUCCGUUGAACUUGGACCUGGUUUGAUGUCAAAUAUCUAUGAUGGUAUUCAACGUCCUUUGCAAGCUAUUCAAGAAAUAUCUCAAAGUAUCUAUAUUCCCCGUGGUAUUGCCACUCCUGCUUUGGACACCUCUAUUGCUUGGGAUUUCAAUCCUAUUAACUUCCAAGUUGGUGAUCAUAUUACUGGUGGUGAUAUUUAUGGUCAUGUAUUUGAAAACUCUUUGGUGUCUACUCAUAACAUUAUGCUUCCUCCUAAAGCUCGUGGUACCAUCACCUAUAUUGCUCCCAAGGGUCAAUAUACUAUUGAUGAUGUUGUAUUGGAAGCUGAAUUUGAAGGUGAAACUACCAAGUACACGAUGAAACAACUCUGGCCUGUACGUUCACCUCGUCCUGUCGCUGAAAAGUUGAAUGCUAAUUAUCCUUUACUCACUGGACAACGUGUUUUGGAUUCCCUUUUCCCUUGUGUUCAAGGUGGUACUACUGCUAUUCCUGGUGCUUUCGGUUGUGGCAAGACUGUGAUUUCUCAAUCAUUAUCCAAGUACUCUAAUUCUGAUGUUAUUAUUUAUGUCGGAUGUGGUGAACGUGGUAACGAAAUGGCUGAAGUAUUGAUGGAUUUCCCUGAAUUAUCUAUUGACGUUGAUGGUCGUAAGGAAUCUAUUAUGAAGCGUACCACUCUUGUGGCUAAUACUUCCAACAUGCCUGUGGCUGCUCGUGAAGCUUCUAUUUACACUGGUAUUACUUUAUCUGAAUACUUCCGUGAUCAAGGUAAGAAUGUAGCUAUGAUGGCUGAUUCCACAUCUCGUUGGGCCGAAGCUCUUCGUGAAAUUUCUGGUCGUCUUGCUGAAAUGCCUGCUGAUUCCGGUUAUCCUGCUUAUCUUGGUGCUCGUCUUGCUUCUUUCUACGAACGUGCUGGUAAGGCCACUUGUCUUGGUAAUCCUUCUCGUGAUGGUAGUGUUACUGUGGUUGGAGCUGUUUCCCCUCCUGGUGGUGAUUUCUCUGAUCCUGUUACAGCAUCUACACUUAGUAUUGUACAAGUGUUCUGGGGUUUGGACAAGAAAUUGGCUCAACGCAAACAUUUCCCAUCUGUCAAUUGGAAUUUAUCUUAUUCCAAAUACAUGAAAGUAUUGGAACCUUUCUAUGAACAAUCUGAUCCUGAAUAUAUAUCUCUUCGUGAUAAGUGCAAGGAAAUCUUACAAAUGGAAGAAAACUUGUCUGAAAUUGUUCAAUUGGUUGGCAAAUCUGGUUUGAAUGAAACUGAUAAGAUUACUUUGGAAGUAGCUCAAAUCAUCAAGGAUGAUUUCUUACAACAAAAUGGUUAUAGUAACUAUGAUCGUUAUUGUCCUUUCUAUAAGACCACCUGGAUGUUACGUAACAUGAUUGGUUUCUACACUCAUGCUACUCAUGCUGUUGAAGCUUCCAACAAUCAAAUUACUUGGGCCAAGAUUCGAGAAUCCUUUGGUGAUAUUAUCUACAAGUUGUCAUCCAUGAAAUUUGAAGAUCCUGCUGAUGGUGAAUCUGUUUUGGUUGAAAAGUAUGCUGCUUUACACAAGGAAAUCGAAGCCAAGUUCCGUGAUAUUGAAGUGUAGUUUAAUUUACCAAAGAAAAAAAAAAGGGUACUUUUUAUGUGUUUUUAUAUGUUGUUAGUUUUCUUUUAUUCUUUUAUGAUUAUAUUACCUUGUCAUCUUUUUUUUGUGUUGUCUCCAAUAAAUCAAAAAAUUAUUACCUUUU